CUCAAUUUCUCUCUCCGAGGCGUAUUGUAGGGCACUUUAACAUAUGAGCCCCUAUUCGCUCGUUUCAUUUAGGAAGCGCGCACUGUUGCCUGGUUGGCGAUACUGGAGCUAUUUCUAGAAGUAUGCCAGUCAGAAGAGGUGGCUUGGGUGAGGAGAUAAUGGGGGCUAGUCAAUCCAUGCCGGCCAUGGACGGGCGGUUUGGAGAAAGGCGUGCGUCACCGUCUGCUCAAGAGCUUCUUUGCUCUGUGGGCGGCGUAGAGAGAACUGAACAAGCUCACGACGGCCGACUUUGCGCAUCUUCUGUAGACGCAUAUGGCGCCGGGAUAGAAGGCGGUACGAGAGGGGAAAAGGGCGCGAGGGGUAACGUCUGUGCCGAGCUAGGCUACGAUGGCAGCUCCUGCGGUAACAGCCAGUUAGACGAGAGUCUGACACCCCGGUCACACGACCUAGGCAGUCACAACAGUACAUCGCGAGCAUUCCCUGCGCAGGUAGUGUCUAAGGCUAUGCCCCAAGACAAUAAAGAAAGGCAAGAGCAGGUCUACACACAAAACCCUAACCAUUCCACUUUUGCCCCAGAGGUCUGCCUACAAAAACCCAGUCUCUCUCUUCCACCAAGGUUUUGCACACCCAACCAUAAACAUUAUCCCCUCUCCCCAGAAGUCUGCCCACCAAAUUCCCACACUUCUAACCCUUUAGGAGAUUCUACACAUAACACCAUCUCUUCUUCUACUCACCUAGAAGUCUACAACCAGAAGUCUUCCCUUCCACUCUCCCUGAAGCCUUACCCACAACAUUCUCCUUCUGUUCUUGUAGACAAAAAUUUCCUCCCCCCUUCACCAUAUUUUUUUUCUGAAGAUAAAAAUAUCGGUGACUUUAUUAAUCCCCGUUUCAUUCAUACUAAACGACUCUAUUGUUUAUUACAACAAACACGCAAGCUCCCCAUCAUAACAAAACUACUAGAAAGACACGCUAUCGACUUUGAUAAUCAUCGUAUCAUCAUGUCUGAUAUGCAGACUAACGUCGAGGCCGAGGCCAUGGCCGAGGCUGAGGGUUCUCCCAUGACCCAGGCUGUUUCCCGCAAGCGAGCGUCCUCAGUACCGGCCUCAUGCCGCUACUUGCUCGCGGUCCCGGUCGUGCUCCCGGUUACAGUCCCAGCUGCACUCCCGGUCGCAGCCCCGGUCGCGGUUCCGGCUACGGCAGGGCGACCUGCCAAGAAAAUCGCCAUUGAGAAGCUGAGCGGCAUGGACGUUGCUGGAGACAACCCUGGCCAGGACGACAACGUCGACGACUACGUCGACGAUGGCGACGAGGAUGACGACGAGCAAGAUCCUGUCCCCUUGGACCGCAAGCGUAAGCGUCCCGCUACCGCUACCGGCUCGGCCACCGCUCCUGGUGGUGAUGCAGUCGACCAGACUACCGAGCCCGAGCAGCCCAAGUGCAAGAAGGGUGGUCCUCGUUUCCGCAAGCUCGUCAUCAGUUCAAAUGACAGAAAAAAGGAGGAGAAGCCAGGUACCACGGCCGACAGAUUUAACACCAAGGCCCGAAAGAUCAAGAUGCAGGCCAUCAAGGAAGCUGUCAAGGCAUCAACCACUCCCGCCCAGCAGGCGCAGAUCGCUGAGCUAGCUACGACUAAGUAUAUCAGCCUAAUGACUGCUGACAUGCAUGACGAUCGCAACACCCAAGGCAUGAAGGAGUACUGGAACGAGACCGCUACUCACCCGGAUUUCGCACUUUGUAAGACGUCACAUAAUACUAUUAGACAAAAUCAUCAGCAUACUGACAAUCCUAGAAAUAUCUCGCCCUCGCCGGCGUAUUCUCACGCGGAAAGUUACCAGGCACAUGAGUCUUUGGCACAAACAGAACCGACAGAAUGUAUUUUUGACGGAUGGAAGUGGUCAUACGGGAUAUGGUCACUAGUCAAUAGCCACGCGGCAGACAUCGGAAACGGAAAUGAAAUGAUUAAAAAAUACUUGACCGGCCCCUUCGCAACUCGUGAAACAGCCAACGCAAAACUUCAUGAACUAACUAACUACGACCAGUUUGAUGGCGGCCUAGCCGCAGUGGCUCGUAGACAUGCCUAUGAACAACCCGGCUCCAAGCUACUCAAGGUAGAGCUUACUCUCGCCACCGGUGAGGAUCGUGUACUGUGGGUGGAACGCCGUCUCGUGAACGUCCAAACUGAUUUCACCAAAAGGGAGCGCCGGCUGAAGAAGUGGUCAGCGGAACGGCCUAAACUGCCACAUUACAUAGUAGAGUGCGAAUUUGUGAUCCAUGGAACUGGAGGGACGCCGCAGAAAGUGCCAUCGUCACCUAUCCACUGCGAUGCCGCCAUCGCCGACGAAGUCAUCGGUACCCAUAAUGGCGAAAUUGAACUCAAUAGGCUGCCACUUAUAACUUUUACGGAUCGUGGACUCGCUAACGAGCACGCUGGUGAAUUAUUUCUACGCCACUCCGCUGUGAAUGAAGCCAUUCGCAAACCUCUCGAUGAUUUCUGGUGGGCGAACAACGCAGUUACGCUGCAUACUGAAAUUCAAAAAACCAUCCGAGAACCUGGCAGAUUGUACACUGUCGAGCUGUACACCGGCGAUAUGAAUGUGCGCUUAGGAUUCGAUUUGAUUAGAGUCGCCGUCCACGCUGUCGACGAUGUUACUGGGCCACUCAACAUUUAAUACUACUUCCAAAU